AUGGCCGGCCGCAAGACUUUGUUAGCGCCGAUUCACUUCAUUUUCAGCCUGCUGCAGAAGCGCAGCACGGUUUCGGUCUGGCUCUACGAGCAGCUCGCGUUCCGCAUUGAGGGCAAGAUCAGGGGAUUCGAUGAGUUCAUGAACCUGGUUAUUGACGAUGCGGUGGAGGUGCGCCUAGCUACCAAGACUGAGGAGGAGAAGCGGAGGCCUCUUGGCCAAAUUCUGCUCAAGGGCGACAAUGUCUCCCUCAUCCAGGCAGUUUGA